UAAAUGAAACAAAAACUAUAAAAUAAUGGCGACGAAGCAGAAAAAUAUUUUUACCCGAAGUAAACCUCUAAUUAAUAUUUACAGUGGUUUAGACGAGGAGGGGAAAAAGGUUGAAGUUCGUGAAGAUGCAGAACAAAUAGUGAAAUGGCACGAAAUAUGCGAUGCGCUGGUCGCUGCCGGGUAUUAUCGAGCGCAACUGCAGGGACUUUCUGCAUUCGAUAAAAUUGUGGGAGGUCUAUCAUGGUGUAUUGAACUAUGUGACAUUGAUGUUGAUAUUAGUCUUUUAUUUGAAGAGAAUCUGACAAUCGGUAAAAAAAUUGCUUUGACUGAAAAGAUUGUUAAAAUUCUGCCAACCAUGAAGUGUCCUUAUAUAAUAGAGCCUCAUCAGAUACAAGGUUUAGAUUUUAUAAACAUUUAUCCUCUGAUACAAUGGCUUAUUAAAUAUUCAAGUGAAUUUAGAGAAGUGAAGGAAGAUGAGCUAAGGAAGUUUGCUGUAAUGCAAUAUGACAAGGAUCACAUAUUUGAAUCUGACAGAGCUUACUAUUUACAAAAGGAAAAACUUUUAAGGAACCUUUCUAUAGUACAGGACUUGUACAAACCAUGUAGAGUUAGAAAGAGGAAAGGUGGGUUUCCUACAAAUGAGCUGGAACAAGUGAAUGCAGUUUUGUCAGAAUAUGAUCAGAGAAUGUUAAUGCAUGUAACUAACAAUCAGGAUGAUUCCAAAAGAGAUGAAGGCCUUGAUUUCUUAUAUGAUUAUGAGAAGACUUUGGCUGAUCCAUCAGAGGUUACAACUGAGACUGAUAGAAAUUUGAAAAUUGAAGAAAGUGAUCAUGUAUCUGCAGAUACAAAGAUUCACUACGUAGUUUUACAUUCCGAAUUAACCGGAGACAUUCCUAAAGAACUAGAAGAGAGUGAGAAAAUUAAAUAUUCACAAGAUAUUACAACAUUAACGGACAGUAUCGACAAAAUGGAGAAAGAAGUCGAAACUAUAAAAAAGAAACAUGAACAAAGAAUGCAAGAUGCGAAGCAACAAUACACAAAAACAUUAUCGAAGUUAAAGAAAAUUACACAAAAUUUAAUGAAAUCUGACACUUAUAGUGAUAAAAAUGUGAAAGAGUUCUAUGGAUCUCUGAAGGAUCUUGCCAAGGAAAGGAAUGAAUUAUUAAAAAUAAUACAACAUAGAGAUAUGCAGCACAAACAAUUAGAAGAAGAGUUAAGGAAAGCGAAGGAUCCUAAAGCAGAAGUUGAAGAACAGCCUUUAACGCCGGCUGAAUUAAAAGAAUUUCAUGAAAGGGAAGGGAAAUUAAAAAGUUUUAUAGCCAGCACCCGAUUAGAGCUCGGGAAGUUGAAUAGACAAAUGCUGAGGUACACGGUGGCUAUUGAUGAAAUACCGGGCACGGCCGAGUUGUUACAGUACGAAAAAAGAUUUGUGGAACUUUAUAAUCAAGUUGCAUCGAAGCAUAAAGAAACUAAACAGUAUUUUAUAUUUUACAACACCCUGUAUGAGGUUAAACUUUAUACAUCAAAGGAAUUGAGUUUACUCAAUUCUAUAUUGGACAAUUAUGAAGAGGCGAUGUCAUCUGCGAGAAAAAGGGAAGAAUUUAUGACGCAAUUUGAAUCGAUAGUCGAUUGGGUGAAUCAAACUGUGAAGAAAGUUGAGGAGAAAUUUAACAGUGAAAAGGCUCGGAAAACUAUAUUACAUGAUGAGUACACCAGACUUAUAGAUAUACAAAGACAGUAUGCUGCUGCAUUAAAGAAACUGGCAGCGGAGAGACAAAAGAUUUCCAGAGUCUAAAUAACUAUUAUUGUCUCUGUUUAAUUCAAUGUGAAUGAAAGUGAUAGCAAUAUCGUAGUUAUUCAGCUUUUAAAAUAAGGGAAACUCGCUGAUUUAACCACAUCAAGAUAAGUGUAAAACUAUUUAAUAUAAAUUUUAUUAUAAAUGUCCAUUUUGGUAUUCCUGGUCGGUAAUCAGUCUACCUCAGUGACAUUUUAUUCGGUCACAUAUUUAAGUACUUUUUCAAGUAUUAUAAGCAUUUUUAAGCGAUUUUUCCAUACUAGUUAUUAGUGACAGGUGUAUUUAGAAGUGUGACGAACUAGAAUCUAGAAUUGUGGUAAUUAAAAGCUAAGUAUAUGUUGUUUUGGCUUUUUACGUAUAAUUUAUUUCAGAUUUUGUAAAAUUUUUGCUUAAUAAAAUUACCUUGAGUGUUACACAUUUAUUAAAAAAAAAAUUAUAGUCUUAUGAUGAAUAUAGAAAUCCCUGACUGAGGUAGCGCCCUUCGCCACUUUUUAAUCCGCAACGAAAUUUUUUCCAAUUUUCUCCGCAAGAUGGUGAAGGUUUUAUGUUUCCGGUCAAACUAUAUCUUUUUUUUUAAAGAAUUAAUAGGCGUCAAUAAGUUGUUAUAUACCUACUCAUAUUUAUAAGAUUGUUGAAGUGUCAGUGUGUAAAUAGUGAUUUACUUUGUGUUUAUUAAAAAGCAAUGACCGUUUAUUUUGCGUUUAUUUAUAGUUUAAUCUAGUCUAUAUUUACCGUAGUUGAAUAGUUUUAUAUAACUUAUAAAUGCAGUUGUAUCCGAUGGUAAUAAAAUUAAGACUGAUAAAAUCGAUUAUUAGUUUUUAUUAACGCACUUUUUAUUGUAUUACAAAACAAUUCCGAUACAAUUUAUGAUAUGUUUCAUUUGUUAACCCUGUUUUAUAUCACUAAAAAUGCAUUUAUUUAAGUAAAAUUUUCACAUUCGAAAUUUCUAAUACCAAAAUACAUAACUUAAUAUAAAGCAAUUAAUAAUAUGAAGCCUUAAAUCUUUUACAGUGAGAUUUAAUUUAAAUUUUCAAGAUGACAUUUAAUGCUAAUUCAGCUAUAAGUGUACUAAAUAACCGGGCGUUUUCACUGCACUAAACCUGCUCUUUAUAUACGAUAUGUUUUUAUAUAAACGCUUUAUUACUUGAAACUUAAAGUUUCAAUUUCUAUAAAAUAUUCGUAAUAACAUUAACAGAUCAUACUGUAUUCAACUGCAGUGACACCUGUAAUAUCGCAGUCUCUUUUUUGUCAUAAGUGAGAAA